GUGUUUCGGCUAAAGUGUUUGGUACGUGCGUCAAACGCCGAUCGUCGUUCAUUUUCGGCUUCUUCAUCUUGUUGAAGUCACGUUGUUUUUCGCUUUUGAAAUUGUGCAAUUUCAAAACGUCCAACAUUAAUAAUUUUUAUUAUUGUAAUUGUUCGCAAUUAUUGUUUUUUAUUCUUAAGCGGUCAUAAUAUACCACCGACAAAAUGUGGAGCAUAGUAAUGGAACCCGGGAAAAAAUACAGCACAGUAGUCGAGAACACAUUCCAUCUGUCUAUGGCUACACUUGAUUUAGAAUCUGUUAAAAAAGCUGAUGAUGUACAUACUGUAUAUGUUGAAACUGAUGAUAACCCACGUGUAAUCCUUUGUCACUUGUCUAAAGCAUCAAAACUGUACCAAUGCCGAUUGGACCAUAUUUUCCCACGAGGAACAGAUUUGAAGUUUGUUACAACGGCCACUGCUAAUAUACAUAUGACAGGAUACUUAGACUUAAACGAAGACGAUGAAUUAUAUUCUGAUUUAGAAAGUGAAUCUGAAGAAGAAGGAACACAAAUUGAAAAACCAGUACAAGGAAAAGGCAAUAAACGUAAAUCUGAAGAUAAUGUUUCUAAAAAAAAUAAAUCUAUCAAAUUAGAUGAGAGUAAUCAGUCUGAUGAAGAUAGUGACGAUGAGAAUGACUCCGAUGAAAUUAUGGAUUUUGAAGAUGACAGCGAUGACGAUGGAAUAAAAUUAAGUGAUUUGGUUAGUGAUGAUGAUGAAGAUGAAGAAGAUGAUGACGAUGACGAUGAGGACGACGACGAAGAUGAAGAAGAUAGUGACGAUGAAUCUGAAGAUGUACCAGUAUUGACUAAAAAAGCAAAAGAACUACAAAAAACUCCAAAAAAACAAUUGAACGGAAAUGAUCAAAAGUCUCCCAAACAAGAACAGAAAACCCCUAAAGGUCAAGAAAAGACACCUAAAGGUCAAAAGACUCCAAUGCCCAAAACUCCUGAUGCCAAUCAAACUUUGAUAAAUGGUUCAACGGAAAGUAGUAAAAAAAAGAAAAAUAAGGAACCUAAGACCCCACUUAGUGCGUUAAAGACUAAACCAGAUACUCCGUUGCCUAAAGAUAAACAAAAUCAACAACAAAAGUUAAAUGGUGGAGUUAUCAUUAAUGAUCUCAAAGUUGGUGAUGGUGCCGUUGCAAAACCAGGAAAAAAUGUUAAAGUGUAUUAUAUUGGCCGUCUGAAAUCCACUGGUAAAGUUUUUGAUUCAAUGCAGAAAGGGCCUGGAUUCACAUUCGGAUUACAACGUGGUGAAGUUAUUAAAGGUUGGGAUAUUGGUAUUGCUGGUAUGAAAGUUGGAGGCAAAAGAAAAGUUAUAUGUCCACCAAAUAUGGCGUAUGGUGCUAAAGGGAGUCCACCUGAAAUUCCACCCAAUAGUACUUUAGUUUUUGAUGUAGAACUAAAACAUGUUAAUUAAGUUUAUCCAAUAUGUCAUUUAUUCCGACUGAUAUUCCUAUGAUUUUUUUGUUAUUUAUCAUUCAUUUUUCUACAAUGACCACACAAUGAAUAUCAGUAUUCCGUUUUUGUUAAAAAAAAAAAAAAAUUUUGAAAGCUGUAUUUUUAAUAUAAUGCACAAUAGUUUUUAAAUAUGAGACGAUUUUUAUGAAAAAUUUAAGUAUACAAUUGUUUUAUGAUACUUCACAAUAUUUUAAAUUGCUGACAUUUUUGGCAAGUAUAGAUAGAAUUGUGUCCAAUCUCAAUAAUUUACCAUUUGUAUAUGAAUAACUUUCAAUAAAAUAAUUAAUUCAUAAUUUAAGAUUUAUUGAACUACAAUCACUUUUAUUUAAAUACCUCAUGAACCAACCUUAAUUUUUUCUGAGUAAUUGUCACUUAGUUAAUAAUAAAUGUUUUAAAUGACAUAAUUUUUGUGGAUGUUUAUAUUGGAUAAAAUUAUGUAAAUUUAAUUCUUCUAAGUGUUUACAAUUUGUUGAUAAUAUAUUGAUGUUUUAAUCUAUCAUAUGAAUAAAGUGCUAAGGACUAAUGUUUUAUUUUUAUUGGUGAAACAUAAUAAACAAAUAAUUUUUAUA